CGUCACGGGGCAUCGGCGACAUGCCUGGUUUCCCGCCCGGCCCGGUGACGUCACGGGUACUCGAGGGAACUGCCAUGGCGGCCGCCCCCCAUCCCAGCACACACCUGCAGCAGCACCUGGAGCAGUCUCCGGAGCAGCGUCGAGCCGCUGACAUCAUCCACCUCCUGAUGCUCUACCGGCCCCUGCUCGAUGCUUUCAUCAUUGAUUUCUUCACCGAGGGUCUGUGGGCACAGCUGCCCCCAGCCUGGCAGCCCGCCCUGGCCAGUGCCACCCCUGUGCAGCUGGCCGGGCUCCUGGGGGGCUGCGGGGGCCCACGGGCUGCCUGGCCCCUGUCCCUCCUGGCAUUUGCCGCUGCUGCCCGUGCCCUUGCCUUUCCUCGGGGGCGCCCAGGUGGGUCCCCACGCCCCCCAUGUCAGAGCUCCCACCUGCACCCGCUGCUCCGCCGCCACGUCAAGCCCAAAAAGCAGCAUGAGAUCCAGCGCCUGAGCAAGCUGCUGCUGCGGCUGAGCCAGGCCACCGGCUGUGAGCGUGUGGUGGAUAUUGGAGCAGGGCAGGGCCACCUUUCCCGGUUCCUGGCCUUUGGCCUGGGCAUGUCGGUCACUGCAGUGGACGGUGAUGGCCGCCUGGUGAGCCUGGCUGAGCGCUUUGACCAGGAGCUGCUGCGGGAGCUGGGGAAAACGAGGGGGCUGGGACACAAGAAGAACCCCUCUCACCCCCUCACCCCCCGGGCCCCCCAGCACAUCGCUGGGCACCUGGAUCCUGCAGCUCCCUGGGGGGAGUUCCUGUUGCCCCCCAACCCCCCAGGACCCAGCCCUGCUGCCCGGAACCCACUGGGGGGUCCGGGAGGCUCUGAGGACGGGGGGCAGGUGCUGGUGACGGGGCUUCACGCCUGCGGGGAUCUCAGCCCGGCCCUGCUGUGCCACUUUGCCCGCAGCCCUGCUGUGGUUGCCGUGGCCUUGGUGGGCUGCUGCUACAUGAAGUUGUCAACUGCCCCGCAGUCCCCUGGAUGUCCCCUGGGCUACCCCCUCAGCACCUCGGUGGCUGCAUUGCCGGGCCACCAGCUGUCCUACCGGGCACGGGAGGCCGCGUGCCAUGCGCUGGAGGAGUUUGAGGGGCGGCUGCGUGGGGGCAGCCGCCACCUGCGUGCCCACUGCUACCGUGCCACGCUCGAGAGCCUCAUCUGCACCAUCGACCCCAGCAAGAGGCACCUGGGCCUCCAGCCAGGCAGGAAGGCACAUGCCCUCAGCUUCCCCCAAUAUGCUCACCUGGGGCUGCCCCUUGCGGGACUGGACCCAGCGAGGGUUCCACUGGACUCGGAGGCUGUGGGUGCCAUGCUGGAGCAGCAGCACAAGGUGGUGGCAUUCUGCACCCUGGUGCAGCUUCUGGCACCUGCCGUGGAGACCCUCAUCCUGCUGGACCGUCUGCUCUACCUCCGGGAGCAAGGUUUCCACUGUGCUCUUGUGCCCCUCUUCAACCCCCAGUUCUCCCCAAGGAACCUGGUGCUGGUGGGUGCACGGACCCCACUGGCCACAGUGCUGGCUGGGCUGGACAAGGACAGUGAGGACAGGGACAGCAGUGAGGACAGGCACAGCAGUAAGGAUGAAGUUCUGGGGGAAGCAGAGUCCCCCAGAGAAGGGCAGAGUCCUCACAGCCCUGGGCACAGACCACAAUAAACCCAGGAU